AUGGAGAGUGCAGUGACGCCUUCAGGUUUUGGUGGGCUGCAGCCUUCGCCGUCCAACUCUCUUGGGUAUGUUGCGGGAUCGACAGAGAAGCGGCUGAUGCACCUGUCUGUACAUCACCUCACAUCUGAGGACUUACCUUUCCACGUCCUGCGUAUUUAUCUGCAUGGACGCAACUCCCCAGAUUCCCCGUGGGGCCUCGAUGGCCAGCCACCCCCCUUCCUCGAUCCCCUCAUAACCCCUCACAGGUUCGCAGCAUUCGCAGCUGCAGCCAACUCGGCAGACGGGGAGGGUAGCCCUGCGGACCCGCUGCAGGGAGCCCUGGAAGAGCUGGCGUCUCCAUUUGUGUGGGCGUGCAUUGCGAAUUUUUUUAGUGCGAAGGUUAAAGAGCUAACUGCAGAAGAGCUGAGCUCUCUGAGGGCCUUCAUCGGUGCAAGUGAAGGCUCUAGUGGUGGCCCCCAAACAGAAGGGGCGAAUCGGGAGGGAUGGGCUGGCGAUGAUAAGAAGUGGCCGGGGACGGGGGGGCAUUGCAGCGCAGAGAGAGAUGCCCCAGCAGAGUUCUGCGUCUCUAGCCCCUUCUUAAGGUGCGGGAGAUGUGGGAAGUUGCAACUGCCUCCGGCCCCAGAAGGGUCAGGGGGAAGGGCGCUCGGCAUGUUGAUGGGUGGGCCCCUUUACGCUCUACGUACGGUUGCUAGGCUAUCUGAAGGUAUUCGUCUUAUGAGUGACAGAAUUCUCAGACCUCAUGGCAUUGGCGCGGCGGUUGCUGUGCUGGUGAGCCACGGGUUUGUCAGCAGAUCUGAUGGAGUCAAACGGGUAACAGGCGCUGUUGAAGAUCCCAGAAAGCAGCACUCAGCUUCCCCAAAGCGCGAUGUGAGGAGGCCUCCGCUGCCUCCCGAUGAGAGAAAAAGGCACGGGGGAGGACAGCAUCUUGCAGCAGGAUCGAAAAGGACCCCGUAUGGAGACGCGGCAGGGGCUCAAGUCCUUCAGAGGCCCUUUGACACUGGCCGUCUGUUGCUGAGGGCUGCUUCGUCUCCUUCUGCCCUCCUAGACAGUCUACGGCGCAACGGGAGCCCCCAGGAUGCUGGCGACGCUACUGCUGAAGCCAAAGGGGCCGGAGGAGCCGUUUCAGGGCUGGAUACUGUGCUAGAAAACCGUCUGGGUGCAGAACGAGGGGCCUCCACAACUUCACUGGAGGCCCUCGCGACCGGCUCUCAGCAGCAGGCGGCCACAAGCCCCAGUGGACCCACGUGGGAAGGGAGCACCCCUGUUGUUGAAACAGAAGCAGCCCUUGCCCUAGUCAUCACGGAAGAACCUCCUCAGCCUGGCGGAGAGGGCCCGCAUCCUGCUCCAGGCACUCGGGAAAGGGGGGCCUCAAUGGACGAAGGCGCUGAGCCAGUCGUUGUACCGACAUUCCCGCCGGUAUCUUCUAUGGCAGUUACCUCUCCAUUAGACCCUCGGCGUUUGUCUCUCAGUAACCCGACUCUUGCUCCCUACACUGCUGCUGCAGCAACUUCGCUACAAAAGUCGGCUGCUUACUGGGGUUCUGGGCCUCCCCUUGCAGUUCCUUCCUUCUCAGGAACGCUCGGAGGCCCCACAUAUUUGCGACAAUCUUUUGACAGGCCAGUGGUCCCGUCACCGAAACAUCAUCUACCGGGCGGCAUCCGAGGAGCGCGUCGAGUUGCGGAAUCCUUCAGCGAUUUGUCUUCUCCCGAGUCGCAGUCCAACAGUUCCACCUCCCCUCAAGGACUUGUAUCGGGGGACGUCAAGGACGAGGGGCACGGGGAAGUCUUAAGUGGUCCGGUCAUGUCUCUUGCAGACGCCGCCCGACGAUCUGCAGGAGCUGACGCACAGCACCUGCGCGACGCAGUUCAGGCGCUGCAGAAGAGUGCACUUGCUAAACUGGGUACAGGGCCAGAUGGCGCAGGGAUAGCUAUGAGUAACGACGACUCGGCGAUUAUCUCGCGUGUCACAACAGGAGCAGCAGGUCCAGAGCCAGAGGGUGAUGAAAACUCCCCGCUAAGUGAUCCUUGCCCCCAGAAAACCCCGCAAAGACGCGGAUUUAAUCCAUUGAACUACGUCUUAGCUGCAGCUUUGGCAGUCCAUAUGAUUCACAUGGUGGCAACGGGCAUUUAUUUAUUCGGGCUGAAGGGCACUUCCUUUGCCGUCGCUUGGCCGCAGCCAUUCCCCGCGGGCGCUUCAACCGAAAAAGACAGUCUGGCGUGGGCAGUGCCCGUAAACUCCUUCUGGUUCCGGGGAGAAGUUUCUGAAGGCAUUUCCUUGGGACCGCUAGUCGUCUCGCCCCCAAUGGAGGGGCCCGGUAUGGGGCCAUCUCCAGUCGGAACCGCUAUAGCCAAGUGGGCUGGCGUUGGCCACCGUCUUGGGGGCUCCGCGUGGGGUAUCCUCACUGUGGCGCUCUCGCUGCCUCCUCUUGCUGAUCUUCUCUGUUCGGUAGUUGGGUUUUGGUUCUUUCUUGCGGGGGAUGUUAGGCAGGAGCAACUCGUCUGCAUGGCUGUCGCCGCCACCAUGCCGAAGCACUUGAUCGGUAUGCCUUUGGCAGUUUAUUUGCUGAUCCUCGUUUGUGGUGCAUCGGUGCGCGUCGCCUUCUUUGGAUUCUUGGAGCUGCUGUUCAUGGCAGCUAUUAAACUGCUUCUGUGUACCCUAGCCUCAAUGUACGCAUCACGGAUCGAAAAGCCUAACGUUGCUUCACCCACCUCCACAAAGGAAUCGAAGCUGCUUGCUUCAAUCGCUCACGAGUGCGAACGCGCAGCGGAGAUUUGCAGCUGCCUACCAUUCGAAGGUUGCACUGCAUUGCCGAGACUUGGAGACCGAAGCGGCAGUUUCCGCUUGGAACGCCUGCCUCAAGAUGACAUUAGAAACGCUUAUCAGAAGGCGUCGCUCAAUGGAGACGGCUUCGGCGUAGGAUGGUACGUUACAAAGUGCUCCAAACGUACUUCUACCUGCACAAAGUUGGGUUUUUUGAGACCAUGUGACGGCAGUCGAGGUGAAACGAACGGAAAAAAGCCGCCGGAGGGAGAUGCUGCAGCAGGAAACCUCGCUUCAUCUGACGACGAUGGAGGUGCAUGCGUCUUUACGUCCCUGAAGCCCGCAUGGGCAGACAGAAAUCUAUACAAUCUUGCCGAGAAGAUAUCUAGCCGUUUGUUUUUUGCCCAUGUGCGGGCGGCGAGCAGUACUUUGGGGGCGUCACACUGCACGGGUUGUAUUGGUGGUCUUCCUCCUUGGGCAGUGGCAAAUGGCAGUGUCAGCACAGAGCUUUGUUGCCACCCCUUUCGCUGCGGCCGCUUCCUCUUUAUGCACAAUGGAAUUGUUGGGGGCUUCCACCGGAUCCGCCGAGAUCUGCUCAGUCUCCUACCCGAUCCGAUGUUCUCCUUUGCUAUAACGAAUAGCUGUAUUGACAGCGCAUGCUUGUUCGCGAUGUUUUUGGCCUUGCUGCCAAACAGCCCUACAGAGCCCUCAUCGCAUUCUGCCAUGAAGGAGGCUGUGGAGCAGAUGAUUGCAACAAUCUGCUGGUUGCUCGACAGGGAAAAGAUCGAAGAAAUAACCUUGAUCAACGUUGUUGUGUCGGAUGGAGAGAGUGUCGUCGCCACGAGAUUUGUCACCAAUGCUCAAGAAGUAGCCUACGAAUCGGGGAAGUCGGCAAUCGUGCCAGACCCAAAAGGCGAAACAGGCCCGGCGAUGCCGGCGAGUCUCUAUUUUGCCACGGGAACGGCGUGGGAACAGCAGGAGGAUACGUGCGAUGAAUAUCGCAUGACUCACAAGGACAAGCGGACAGAUAUAUGCAUUGUGACCAGCGAGCCUCUCACCUCAAACGCUGAAGAUUGGAUGCCGGUGCCGAGGAACACCAUGAUUUUGAUAACCCCAGCCAUAGAUCUCCUGCUUUAUCCAAUCGCCAGUGUUGGGUAUUUGCCUUCACUGCUGCGGAGCCGCCGCAGGUCUGGAUCCAUGGUACCGCCUCAGGAGACAGACAGCCCAUCUUUUGAUAGGCAAAUAUCUCUGCGCAAGGGCCUAGCGACUGCACUAGCAAAUAAGCUUGAAGAGGAUUUCGUAUCUUUUUUGAAAGUAGUUUCGAAUUCCCCCGUGGGGACUCCCUGUGCUGCUGACGACCUUCCAGUAAUUAUGCUGCGCUCGUUAGAGGGCGUCGUCCGUGAAUUGGCAAAGGGCAUUGAGUCCGGUGAUGGAGAAGAAACUGAAAAAUCGUGGCGAGCUUUGGAACUGAAGCUUCAGGGUCUGGAGAAGCAGAUACGAGCGGCUCAAGUGCAGAGACAGACUGUGGCUGCAAUCGAAGAUAGUCAAUCUCAUAGUCCUCUUGGCUCAUCCGUAUCUUCUGUUGGCAUACCACCGACGAAUCUGUAUCAUGCAGAUAUUAAUUCGGAGACCCCAGGUGCCAACCAGCAGUGUUACGAGCUCCUUGCGGGGUCCUGCGCCCUCUUAUGUCUUGAAAGCAUCAUGAUAUACAUAACGACUACCCACGAAGACGCAAAAUUGAAAGCGCCCUCGCCAGAGUCACCCUCGACUCCCCCAGUAGCGGCAAAGACAUUCGUUUUUGCGGGUAUGCAGAGUGGGGAGGUCGUCAUUUACGAUGCCACCAGCGCCUCUGUGUCACCUAUAUCUUUUCAAGCACAUGUGGGAGGCGUCCUAGCCAUGGCUGUACAUGCCAAUACCUUCAGGCGGGGUUGUGUAUGCACUGGGCGAGCCAUUGCAUGCAAGGACUGCGGCUCUGCGCUGCCGGAAGUCUUUCUAGUGACGGGCGGCAGUGACACCUCUUUGGCUGUAUGGGACCUUUCUCCGCUUAUAUUUGGAGGCCGUGAGCCUCGUCUUCUCAGUGGCAAACGGGUUUGCCUUGACGGCCCUAGGAUGUCUAUUGAUGCGGACGACUUGUUAGCUGUGCGUCUUACAUUUCUUCCCCACCAGGGCGAUGUCCUUUCUCUGCUGGUGAGGGACUCUUCCGACCGUGCUCACACAGGUGGCAGUCGCCAUGACCCAUCUACGCCAAUGUGCAUUGUGGAUGCAUGCAAAAGUUGCCUUCAAGGAAUACGUGCGGCGAUGCGGCUUGAUGACGGCAUGGGGGCAAGCUGUGAGGAAUCAGCUGCCUCCCCUCUGACUUCAUUACCUCUUGCAGAUUUUCAUAAGGUUCAGCCGAAUCCCUUUGUUGACGAACCGGAAUGCCGUCUGAUUUUAUUUAUUGGAUUCCAGUCAGCUAAGAUCGGUGCAGUGCUCCUAAGUGAUUUGUUGCGGUAUUUCCGCCAUACACAAGUUAUGGUAUCUGUCUUGGCGAAUGCUGUUUCGUUCCACCCAACGCAGCAGCAGUCUCUCCCCCUGAGUGUGUCUCGAAAUUUCGAACUAAAGACUCUUGCCUCAGGCACGUACAGGGUUGUAACUAGCACCUCAAGUCUCAAGAUUGUGGCACAGCCUUCUAAACAAGAUGGGGGGCUGAAGAUAGAAGUGCGUUUCUUGCCCUUUGAGAAAUCCGGCGUGAAGCGUCAGCAUUCACAUCAGUCUUUAGUUGGGCCCUGGCUUGACGAAAGUGGGCACAAUGGCUUUGUGGAAUGCCUGACCAGCUGCGGCAAGAAUGUCAUUUGCAGCGGUGGAGGUGACGGUCGGCUGCUUUUGUGGGGAGAGAAUGGGAGCUUGGUGGGAGAGCUCUCAGGCCACCAUGGCGGCGUAUUGUGCGUGGCAUAUACCGAGGCCCCUGUAGAAUCCCUUUGUCGUGACUUGCGCAGCUGGGGAUCUAGGGAGCACUUGCAAGCACAGAGUCCGCAAACCGACUGCUCCAAAGAUUCUGAUGACGUUACGCAUUCCCUUCAGGGUCUCUUGUUUAGUGGCAGCCGUGACAACAGCAUUCGCGUUUGGGCCCUCGAGCAGCUUGUGUGCAUACAGACCUUGAAUGUGCACACAUCAGAGGUGCUCGCACUGGCUGCGGACGCCGCGCGCAACAUUCUAAUUAGCGGGUCUGCCAAUGGUGAGCUCUUCGUCUGGCAGCUCGACUUGAUGGUUGUAGCAUUCCAACUCAACCUAAACGCGUCUAGCAGUUUAGAAGGCCAGAAAUCAGGCGUAUCUUUCACCGAUCUGUUGUUAGUAGCAGACGUCUCGUGUCUUCGCGGAUACGACAGCAAAAGUGCAGGUGCGUUUCGGAGUUCUCCCGCUGCCGGAGGGAGAUGGAGAGGUGGUUUGCAGUUAUGGGCAGGGCGCGGUGACGGGAAGUUGGGCGUUUGGAAUAUAAGCGAGAGAGACUUGGGGGAGGAGGAAUCCAUCGGAGAGCCCUACGAUCAGGCUCGAGCCACAACACGCGAGGCGUCUCUAUCAAGUGAUAUUGCAGAGGCUACGGAACUGACAGAAACAUCCCCAGGGCGUGCCUCAAUGCCUACAUGUUCAAGCAUCCAACAGCGAGGCGGUACUGCGGGAAAGGUACGGAUAGAGGAGACGCCGACAGAAGGGCAGCGCGGGCUGUGUGGAAGUCGAGUUAGCGGCAUGAUUAUCACCCCUGGAGCAUCAAUGCCUUCCCUACCGCCUCUGACAACUGGGGCAGGACUGGAGCCUAGACGGAGAGACUUCUUGCCCCUGCUUGCUCAGUUUGUUGCGUACAAGUCAGUUUCAGCUUCACGAUGCCCCCGACACGUCAGCGGCUGCAUCGGCGCUGCCAAGUUUGUCGCGCAGCUUUUUGAACAGGCGCUUGGAGCUACGGUGGAUAUUGUGUGGCCGCGUCGAUCGGCAGCGUCAUCAGAGUUCCACGGUGACCAGGGAGAAGGCCAGCCGCACCCUGUGGUGUUUGGCCGCCUAGGUACGAACCCACAGCACCCCACAAUCGUCUUUUACUCGCAUUACGACGUUGUAUCUCCCGGGAGUAGCUCUGCUGCGCCGAUCCCUUCCGACGGGUCAGAAGGCUCAGCUUCCCCCAUUACUACUGCGGCAUCUCCGACCGCACUGCCACGCAAUGGCGUUCUGCCGACGGGGAACCAGCCGACAGCCCGCAGCUGCCUUGAGACGAAUGGGCAUGUCGACAACGUGAAACGUCGAGAGAAUCACACCAAAUCUUCGGAGUGGCAAGGCACGGGCUGGAACACAAAUCCGUGGAGAAUCCACUGCAAAGAUGGCUACAUAUAUGGGAGAGGAGUGACUGACAACAAGGGGCCAAUUAUCUGUUCAUUGCUAGCCGUGAAGCAGUUCAUAGCAGAGUGGAGGAGGAAACAUAGAGCAAAUCAGGCGACGCAGGACCAGUGUUCGCAGCGUUCGGACGGCAAUACAACUUCGGCCAGUCAAUCCCCAACACCCACUAAGAACGACCCUGCGGUCCCGUUCAACUUCGUCUGGAUCUGCGAAGGCGACGAAGAAAACGGCAGCGUGGGUCUUGCUGAUGCUGUAGCGCAAAAGGCAAGCUGGCUUCACGGGACGCAUUUCCUCAUCUGCAACAACAGCUACUGGGCUGAUGACGUCACUCCGUGCCUUGUAUACGGCAUGCGCGGGGUGCUCGACAUCCGCGUGGAAGUAACGGCUGCCACAGGAGACGGCGGCUACCAUUCGGGGGUUCACGGCGGUGCUGUAGAGGAGCCAAUGCAGAGCUUGGUGCACCUGCUGGGUCGGAUGCACGAUCCUAACACUGGUCGCGUGACGAUUCCUCAAUUUUACGACGCCGUUCAGCAGCCCGAUCACGCAGAGCUCCAACGCGUCAAGAUUGCUGCAGAAUCUGUAGAAACGGGAUGGAUACAGGAUGUCUCAGCAAGUGGAGUCGGCGACCCGCAGGAGCUUCUUCGAAAACGCUGGUUGGAACCCUCCAUGUCGUUGCUGGGCAUCAACGCCUCUUUGAAGGGAAACUGUGCACACGCUGGUGGAGCCAUGCGUAUUAUUCCUUCAACGGCCUCCGCAGAAAUUAGCCUGCGCCUUGUGCCCAAGCAGGUCUGGGGUGUUGAGCCACUUUAUGUACGAGAGGGAGGCUCAAUGCCAGCAAUUCCGUUCCUCGCUGAUGCUCUCCGGCGACUUCCCGGGCCCACAGGCCACGCACAAGAAUCUGAGGAAAUAGCCGUCUGUCAGUUGCCGUUUGGGCAGGCUAGCGACAAUGCUCACCUCCCAAACGAACGGCUGGGCAUUCGUCAGGUGGAAAAGGGAGUCGAUGUACUCGCGUCCACGUUAGAGUCUCUUGCGGCGAGGCUGACUUGA